AAAGUAAGCCAACAUGUCUAUGCAGCCGUAUUCUGAUGAAGAGCUGAAUUACUUCAAGUUUGCGUCGAUUGUCCUAAAGGAAUUCCCAGAUGCUUUGCGUAGCAUCUUUGUAGACAUGUGGGACACCAGAGUUGCACCAAGUUCCACAGUUUGGGAUGACUCGCCUCUUUUACGCAAUAUACUCCACAACAAUGAGGCUCCAAACACAAAGAUCCCCACGAACAACUCAUUUAAAGAGUGGGACUGCACUGCACUAUUUCAAGCCACUCUGUAUGCAAGAACAUUUGCGCUACCAGACAGCACAGGGAAGAAAAAGACGCUUGGAGAAAUAUAUUUAAAACGACGAAAGCCAGUCCCUGCUCCAUUCCACUCUGCCGUGAGGAGCUCCAGCGGAGAUGCAAAUGAGACGAUUGCACUUGCCGUUGAUCAGCUUCGUCUUUUACGAAACACUCUUUGUCAUACAUCCAGCCCUCAAAUAAAUAAAGUCACGUUCGAUAACUAUGUCAGGCACGCCAAAGACGCGUUCACUGCUUUGAAUUUUAGCCCGAUAUCUCUGGAGAGGAUUGGCAACUUGAAAGAAUCGGAUUUUCCUACAAAGGAAGUAGAAAAACUUAAUAAAGAAAUCAAGCGUCAGAGAAAUGACUCCUAUCUGUUUCUUGAAAGUGAGGUUAAACAUGAAAUGAGUGAGAUGAAAUACGAAAUGAGUGAAGUGAAACAAAAAUUGAACAGCAUUGAAGGAGUAUUAACACAGACAAAAGAUGCUACAGGUAUAUGUUGUUUAUGUAAUAUUAUACCUUAAUUGUACAUUAUAGAUUUCCCAAUUGGAAAGCUAGAUUUAUACCAUAUGCAGUGCCUUUUUUAACUAUAUAUCUUGGGGGGCAAUUGCCCCCCCCCCGGGAAAGAAUUUCCCCCCCCCCAGUAAAGCCAUUUCUGCCCCCGAAGUGCGAGGCAGAAUUGCUCAUGAUUGCUGUCAAAAUUGCAGUUGAUUUACUUGAUGAGAUUAUGCCCUUCCAUAGCCUCCUCCACAGCCAUCUUGUAUGUAAUUCAUAUUGCUCUUCACCGAGUAUUUCAUAAUAGCGAUAGAUUUCAUGCAAACAAUCCGAUAAAAGCUGGUUCCAAGAAGAAUAGAUUUAGUUUAGUUUUUUAACAGUUAAAUACAUGUAUGCAUCAUCAUAGCAUGAAUAUUUCUUCUCAUAUUUAUUCUGUGUGAAAAAGCAAGCAACGCAAUUUGUAGAAUGCGGAAAUGGUGUCUCAUAGAACCUAAAAUUAUUUAAAUGCAACAUGUCUGAUCAAAAUCACAUUGGGAUCCCCCCCCCCAGAGAGGAAAUAAGGUGACACUGACGUACCCCUCCUCCUAUUUUUCAAGGUGACUUUUCCAAUUUAUUUAAUUCCGAGUAGAAAUGUCUGGAAAAAUUCAUGUCUUCGAUGUACUUUAUAAUCUUCGGAACUCUUCGGAAUUUCACUCCCAAAAUGCUUGAAAUCGCAAUUCAGGCACCCUAGAUUUCAAAAUUUUCCCUGGGGUGCAUGCCCCCGGACCCUCCUAGACGGUCUCAUGCCUUUGGCGUGAGGUUCGCCCCCCCCCCAAAAAAAAUAAAUUAAGGUCUGGCUACGCCACUGGUUAUAGCUGUACGAUUAUAGCUACAAAGAGUUGAAGUUAUUGUUUAUAUAGGUAAGGUUAAUAAAUUAAUUAAAGUUUUACAAAAUCUCUCUUCAGACUGGCGCGUUCGCCAAACCUCGACGGCUCAUAUUUUUCGUUCUGCCUUUUUCUCCUGUUCCCCCAGUGAAAAUUCCUUAAAAAAGGCACUGCUCUGUCGGGUUCUUUUGCCGAAUUCCCCGAGAGGGCAUAAUAUGUUGUCGGUGUCUCGUCAUUGCAUGAUGAUUGUUCAAAUCGCUUGUAGCUGCAGGCAGAGCAUCAUCAAAUAGGUCUUUUCCAUGAACACAAAGAUUAUAGUUACUCUGCUGGGCAAACCACCCAAGGGGGGCAAGCGACAGCCAAGAACAGUGGACAAAGGAAACUUUCGGUUGAGUGGUAAGCAUGCAUCCACUGCCAAAAAGCAAGAGAACAAAAUCAAGAUGCUGAAUAUCGGUCGGUUCCUGACAAUACCAGAGGAGGUUGGACAGCAGGCCGCAAAGCAUCAUGGGUAUUGAGCAUAGAUAUAGGAGAUAUAGAUCGCCGACUCAGCUCGCGAGGCGUGACAUUUCGAACAAUCCAAGAUGGCGGAACAAGCGGGAAAAAAAAAACGCGGGAAAUUUUUUUCCAUAUAAACACAUUAGUUUUCGAGCGUUCAGACUGCGAAGUUCUCGGCUGUUUUGAAGUGUUUUAAAGCGUUCUGAUUUUAGUUUUUUUUGGCUAAAAUAUUGAGCAACACCCACCUGGCUUUGUUUUUAUUAUCCAAAACUACAAUGCCACAGUCUUGAGCGCGAAUGAGCGGCGUAGAACUGUACGAAUAAGACUCUGGAGAGUGACAUCGAACAGUGGAAUUGCUAUUUCAUUCCACAGGUAGAAUAUGCAUUUCAUAAAUGUUUUAAUGCCACUUUUUUCCGACUUUAGUGGGAAAAUAUAGUUUAUCAUAAAUGGGAAAAUAUAGUUUAUCUUUGUAUUAUCAAUUCUUUUGUUAAAAACUUGAGAUUUUUGUCCUUAAUAUAUGUAUUCUUUUCCAUUCGAUUGUUUUCAAAAAGUUCCAGCUCGCCAUUUUCUACAGUGCUCAGUAGCUCACUGUUCACACUUGAAACAUUAAUAGCAUCUUUUUAUUUGCAAAAAAAGACUUGAACGUAAAUUUCAAUGCCCACUAUGAUUUGCAUCAUUAAAUUAUAAAUAAACAUUUAAUAUGGCAAGAAUAAAAUUGCUCUCAGCCUCUCAUGAAGUAUUCCAGCUAAAUUACCUGCUAUAAAUAUUUUGAAGAACUAUCCAUAUAAACUUCAGCAGAUGCAUCAUUGCAUCAAAACAAUGUAAAACAACAAAUCCCAAACAUUUUCCAAUCAAAAUAUCAACAGAAAUUCACAGGCAACAACUAUACCAACAACUAUACUGUAUAUACAGACAGGUGUACUGAAAAUAUAGGUCUAACUAUAUUAAAUUAAAGAAAAGAGCUUCAGGCCAUGCACAACCUCUUGAGAUAAAGCAGUUUAAAUAUGAUAUGAAGGUUCAUGAAUGUUUAUGAAAUGAAGGUUUAUCCAUUCAACUUCAUUCAUGUGAUUUGUGCAAUCCAAUAAAAUAUAUACCCUUAUGUUUUCAUUAACCCAUUAAGCUGCAGAGCUUCCCCAUUGACAAGUAAAAUCGUCAGGCGUUAGACAAGUACUAGUAAAAAAAUAAGUAGGGCGCACUGGGGCACUUUGCGGCUCAAUGAGUUAAUUUAAGGCUUACAAGAGAAACCUGCAAAAUAUCUACUUGUUGACAAACUUUGGGGAACAAUCCAGCGACUCCAACAGCAUUACAUGCAUCUGCAUACAAUGCAUUGCUACCAAAAUAGACACAAAUGGACAGUGAACAGAAUAUUUAUUUCACAAUUUUUGAACCAUACAAAAUAUGAAAUAAGCAACUUCAGCUACAAAAUUCAAAUAUAUUUUAAAAUGCAUCCUUAUAUGAAAAUAUGCCAACCUAGGUUACAUGACAGAUAAUUUCACAUGCAAAUCAUAACUGCAAACAUUUGUCAAUUUAACCCUUUUGGCAUAAUAGUGCAUAAUCCAAGGGGGCAUAUGCAUACACAAUUUAAGACCUACUGUAACCAGGAACGGUUGCGAACACUAGGUCCUCUUCCAGGAAUCGAACCUGUGGCCCUGCAAUUCCAGUGUAGCACUCUAACCAACUAAUGCACCUUUCAAUGUUAAGCUUGGGGGGGGGGGCAAGGGGUAGAGAUUUGAACAAUUUUGCUUGCCCAACGGGGAGGAUUUUGAUGUCGCAAGAUCACCCUGUAGUGUGGACAGGGCCACCGAGAGAAUACAUGGGGCCUAGGACAAAUCUUCCCUGGGGGCCCCAUGACAUUUUUAAGCUAGACCCAACUAGACCUUAGCUAGACUGCAUCUGGAGGUACUGUAGGGGGCCCUCAAUUUCCAAAAUGCUCUGACCAAUUUAAAGAAACUACUCAAUUUUAGGCUCUUCCUCUCAAGUUGGGCCCUAUUAUGGUGGGGGCCUGGGGCAAUUUGCCCCCCCCCCCUCCCCCUGGGCCCCUCUCGGCGGCCCUGGGUGUGGACAUUUCAUCUUUCAAGGCAGCCCUUGGCCAGGCAAUUUUGAAUAUUUUUUAUUCAUACACAAAUAAUGGGAACGUGUUCAUGUCACUGGCCUAUACAUAUUGUCACUGGCCUAUACUUAGAUUGUUGGAACAGGCAAUUUAAUAGUCUGCUUUGUUGAAGUACAACACUUUGGGUUAUUAGUUUGAUCAUGAAUGCAAUAUAACAAAUUUUCCCAGCCCCCACAUGGGGGAAAUACUACUGUUUUUUGACCCAAUAUUGAUUUCCUCAGGUGGGGAGUAUUACCAUUUUUUGACCAAUGGUGGUGUCCCUGGGGUGUAGAUUUUGACAUUUUUUUCAGGAAAAUGUCAAAUCCCAACCCCAUGCCCCCCCCCCCGGGCUUAACAUUGAUAGAUACAUAAGCUGCAUAGGCCAGUUGCCAAGCUGCAACCACAAGUUCAUGUUCAGUUAUAUAUAGACUUUCAGGUGUGUGGAUUUUGAUAAGGUAAACUUGAAAGAUGUGUUUUGCACUUCACUUGGUUGAACUAGAAUGUUGGGUUUAGUGGAUAAUCCAAGCAAGCAUAUAUACACAGUUUAAGACCUAAGGCGACAGGUUUGAUUCCUGCCAGAGGACCUAGUGUUGUACUUUUUGCAACCGUUCCUGGUUAGGUCUUAAAUUGUGUACAUAUGCCCCCACUUGGAUUAUCCAGCAUUCACUGUCCAGAAAAACAAUCCCAUAAUAUUACAAUUUCAAUCGGCAUUAUGAACAGAACACUGUGACAAACCGAGAAAGAGCUUGAACCUGACAAGAUAAUUGUGGGAAUGCUUGACAGCUCUCCAGUAUAGUGUUUGGUUACAGUAACAUUUAUAGAGGGUUCAUAGUGUAGCAAUUUCUUUCAUCCAUAAAAUGUGUUGAACAUGUUUGAUGCCUUGGUGGCUUAAGAUCAAAAUAUACUACCAGAUCAGUCAUCCUACCCCCGUACAUCCCCAAACAGCUCCAACUACUUAAUUUCCCUCAAGAGUUAUAUGGCACUUAAUAGUUCCUUCGCCUUCAGUUGUGAAAAUAGUCCAAGUCACAGAUAAAAUCCUUCGUGAAAGACUCCAUCAGUGGCAUAAUGGCAUUUAAUGAAGAAAGAAUCCCUCCAAGUGAUUAAACAGCAAGUUCUGCCGGAGACCAAGCCAUCUACAUUCACUUCCUUGGGGCAGUACUCAUGAGAAUGCCAUAUUCUUGACUAAAAUUUACGAGAUGACCAUAUUGCACUCCUAAUCCACUCCAUUUCAGACCUCUAGGCCAAGAUAUUUGUCUACCGCUUCGGAAAGAUCCAUUCGGAGAAAAUAGUUCGAGAUGAAAAGCCAUCAGAGAGACAAAAAAUUAACAAACUAAUCCUCUUUGGUAAUGAUUAACAUUGGAUUCGACAGCAUAAAUGUCCAUGUAGUUGAAUAACUCGACACAUUUCAGCUGAAUAUUUCGAGAUAUAAAAGCAAAAAAAACCACACUAAUAUUUUUUAAAUAAAACCAAAAUCGUAGCGAAAUUCCAUGUAGAUUUUCCACAAUAAGUGCUUGAAAAUACCCAUAUUUACCUGGUUUUCCUAUGUCACUUGCGUUUUUUGCCCGCUUGUUCCGCCAUCUUGGAUUUUUAAUUUUGGUCACGUCCAGUGGUCACGUCUCGUUUCUAGUCUUCAGAAUAGGAGUCGGCGAUCUAUAUCUCCUAUAUCUAUGGUAUUGAGCGCCUAAUUCGACGCAUGGCUUCAUUGACUGUUGACUAGUGAUGGGCGAUACCACCAGUAUCGAUUUGAUACAAUACCGAUUCCUUUUUCGUAAAAGUAUCGAGGUAUCGAUUACUCAAACGAUUACUACGACGACGAUUGUAUUUCAGAAUUUUCCGCCAUUAUAAGUUAUUUCCCGCCUUUUUCAUAAUUUAUUCUGUCGACGAAGUCCGGAAUAUUAAUCAGGGAAGUGGAUAGAAUGUCAAAUAAAGUAAAGGAAAGUUUGAUUAAAUUGGUAAAUGCAGCAAAAUACAAAAAAGUACAUAAAUUUUAUUAGAAAUAGCCAUGAAAACGAUGACACAACUACAGAAUUAUAAUAAAUGUCUAAUUUUAAAAGUAAUCAAAACACUUUUUCGAUACCGUGCAGUAUCGACUACUUCCGAUUUGGGCCUGGUAUCGGGUGGUAUCGAUACCAAGUAAUCGGUAAUCGCCCAUCACUACUGUUGACUGUCGAGGAGUGAACAUCUCUCUGACUAAACAAAUAUGGAAGCUGUCGAACGACAAGAGUGUCAGAUACUCUGUGAAAACAGCAUAUUGCUGUAUUGUUGCGAUCCUCAUUAUGACUUGUGUUUUACUAUAGCAAGUUUACCUUUUUUUUAAAUUGCAUGGGACGUGUUGUCAUUUUAGUUUAGUUUACAAAUAAUCCGUCUGAGCGAGGGAAUUGUGUUUAUGUAAAUUUUCCCAAUAGCAAGGCUCUUCUUUCUAAUUAAAGUUGGAUGGCGUUAUUAAAUCUCCGUGUAUCAUCAACGUAAAAACAAGCGCAGUAUUUAAUAAGGUUGGUAUAAUACAAUGCAUUACAGUUAUCUUGUUAUUUAGUCAAAUUUCAGCUUUGUUGUUUUUAUUCUUGCACUGCACUGUACUGUACUGUAAUUUCAUAAAUACACUGUACAAAAUUAUAGCGUAAUAUUUGUGUUUAUUGCCUAUAGUUUGACCCUAUUGUGUGUGUCUAUGUACUGUGUCACUGUGAUACAUAAUUUAUGUACAUGUUUUGAGUUAAACAAAUUGUUUAAUACAUUUUUGCUGAAGUAUGAUGCCUGUUUGUAUCUAGUUGUGGAUAGAUUUUUACAUAUAUGUGCAUACAGUUAUAUAUUUUUCAAUAUUCAUCUGUAAAUAAUAUUGCCAUACUUGUGUGUUGUUCUAAUAUUACUGUGAAUAGUGACAUACUUUUGCAUUAGAUUGCUAAUUUUAGAGAUUACAGUGUAUGUAUAAAAUAAUAAAAUAAAAAUUUUCUUGUUAUGAUUUUGUAGAAAGAGAUCUAUUUGAGUGGUUGACUGGUCUUGAACCUGGUCAGGUAAUGAAGGUGAUGGGGUAGAAAGUUGUAAUGAAGGUGAUAGGGCAGAAAGUGGUGACCAGUUAAGUGAUGAGGAUGAAAAUGACGAGGACAAAAUCACCCAUGCUGUACCAUUCAAGAUUUCAAGUGCAUCGGUGCUGCUCAUGAGAAAAACUACCAACAUAAUUUUGGAACAGGCAUACCUUGCGCUUCAUUGGCAUGGCCAGAGCAAUUGAAUCCAACAGACUCAAGUGCAAUUGAUCUAGACUAUGGAACAGGAUGGACACAUGUUGGUUAUAUUGCUUCUGAACUAUGCAAGUAUUUGCACCCACUAAUUGCCGCAGGAGAUAUCUUAGAGGUCUAUGUUCAGCAUAUCAAGUAUAGGGUUGAGUUUUUUAAAAUAGGAUUUUAUCAAAAAAAUUUCAUAAAGCAAUGUGGUGAGUGGGAGACUCAAGUGGUAAGGGAGAGCAUGAGUGUAUGUUGACAGAUGUUUGUGAUAUGAUAGCAACUGACUAGGUUUAGCAAGUUAUAUAAAUGCUGUUAUUUCAAUUGGCUAACUUUUUAGAUUUUUUUUUCAGCAUUUUUAAAUUAAACAAAAACUAGGUUAAUCACAAGUGGGUGCAAUUAAAACAAUGUCUGUCAUGCACACUCAUGCAAUUAAGUACAUAAUUGUAACAUGUGCUGUACUAAAUGAACAAAUAAAUAGUUUGUACAUUCACUUUACCAACUUUGUGAGUAAAUUUUCAUUAAAAUUAAUGCAACAAUAAAACAAAAAUAUGUCUAUUUAUAUACAAUAAUAUUGAUCAAUAGUCCCACAAUAACAUGCUGCUGAUACUUUAAUUAAGGUACAUUAUAUGAGAAUACAAAAAUAACCUGCAUAUAAUGCACCUAUCAAUGUUAACUCCCAAAGGGGGGGGGGCAUAUGUGGGGUAUUUGAUCAUUAAUUGCAUCUCCACCCCAGGGAUUUUGAUUAGCCAUAGUUAACUAUGGAUUAGCAUUUGGGCCCAAGUUAGGGCAAUUUGAAUCAAAAGUACUUUUAUUAAUAUAGUAUUUAUUGCAAUUUAUUGCAAAAUGGUAGGGUAUUUGACCAAUAUUUAUUGCCCAACAGUGGGGCAUUUGACCCCCCUCUCUGGGGCUUAACAUUGAUAGGUGCAUAAGAACCACCAUUUCUCAAACUUUAUCUGAAUUAGUUGCAUAACAGCAUUUAUACAAAAUACUGUUAAAAAAGGUCAAGUGGGCCUUCACUGCUAUAAAGGGCAUUCUAUCCAAUGGCAUUAUAGGACCAACAUUUCCAUGGCGUUGUUCUCCAAAGCAUCGAGCAGCGUUAUAAAUCAGAUUGUCUUUUUUACCAGCAUGAAGUACAGACAUAGCCUUGGCAACAAUUGGGAUGAGGGACAAAUUUAGCAUCUAAACCAGGAGCAUCUAAACCAGCAUCUUUACCAGCCAUUUUUGAAACGGGUGGAUGAGUACCUGUUCUUGUUGUCACUGCAUGGGUUAGUUUUGAAAAUCCAGAAGUUAUGUCAAGUCAUCAUAUCAUAUCAGUAACAUUACCAGAGAAGUGAACAAGUUUAGAACUCCAAUCAUUGACAAAAAUAGAAUCCUCUAGCCAAAAUCACAAAUCUAUAAAAACAUCAGCCAAACAAUGAAUUUCACCAAUAAAAUCUUGUUACAGAAGUGCUUUAAUUUUUUACAUACUUUAACCAAUAUAUAUAAAUCCAUAAUAUAUCGAAACUUCUAUAGUAUAUCAAAUUUCUUUAGAAAAAAGCUAAUAAUAGCAGUUCAUUAUCGAUCUGAGUGACAAGGCAGCAUAUUUUACAAAGGGCUAUAUUAAACGGUGAAUAUCUCGAAAACGGUUGAGAGGCCGAGGGGGGCCGGCUGGAUAGAAUUAAAGAUUAUACUUUUAUUUAACUAAUCGUGAAAAAAAUAGCGAAAUCGAACCAUGGAGAUUUGAGAAUUUUGUCUUCAAAGAUUGUUGACAGAAACGCCAUUAAAUUACAUCGCGACGUCAUAGCGCCUAAGUGAGAGGUCAAAAUAAACUGGAAAAUGACGCUUACCUUUUAAGAUACCGUUCCAAUGGGUAGAUUGACUGUUGUAGAAGUAGUAUCGCGUGAAAUUUCCCCAAAAAAUUGCAUAACAAUAUGAAAAAAUCGAUAUUUAUGAGCCCUAUGUAAAUUUUCGAUGCCAAAAGCUUCGUGCCAGCAUGAGGAAAAUGGCGCAAUCUGAUUGGUCGAGAUGUUCGCCUAAUUGGCUGUCCAACCUCCUCUGUGACAAUACAUACUACAAUAAAGUAUCCUCUCCUAGGUAUUUUUGCCUGCCAGAAAAACGUAAACAAAGGAAGGGGUCUAUAGGGUUCUUGUGCUUUUUAACGUUGAACAUAGCAAUUUGUAAGGAUAUGAACAAAAUACAUGCAAACAAAAAUAUAUUUAAAAUGGAAGAUAUAAAAGUGGCCUAUUUCGAAUGUUAAAAAUGCCGCGCUUAUCAUGCCAUGUUAGUCAUCACAAACAACCGAUAAAUUAUGCUCUUUCCAUAUCUCAUGGGGAAUACGGUGAAUACGUCAAUACUGCAUGGGCAGUGUACUAAAUACACAUUCGUUUUGGUCACGCUUUAACCAUGAAACCAUGAGAAAUUGUCGGAAACAUUCGUCCCAACAAUCAUCUGUACAUGAUUCUGCCACAUGAAGGGUUUGUCAAUCAAUUCAUCUUCCAGCCAAUGGAAAACAUGCGUUGUCUGAAGAACACGGUGUCUGAAGUUGCGUUGUCUAAAGACCCAUUUAUAAAUAGAAUGUCCACAGAGCCUUUUCCUCCUCCCACUUCGUUUCGCUCGUUCCUGCGCGGGCAAGCCGCUCGAUCGACAUGUAGCCUAACUUUGGUGACCCCCACAGGCCCCACAAAAGAACUGUGGCACAGUCUAGACAUGCGACAAUCAGUUGACUAGCGGGUUCGAUGCGCAACCGCGUCAACUAAAGUUUUUCUCUGAUUCUCGUGUGUGGAUUGUCACUCGUCAACCGUCCUAUAUUGACGAUCACUUUUAAAAUAAGAUCGCCACUUUUUUUAAUAGACGGCCACGGACUGCCUAUAAGAAUGUUUUCUUUAAUAACUAAAAAGUUGUCAGCUGUUGUUAUCUAUUCUACAAGAAAAGACGCUGAAUUAUGAGUAUAUCACCAAUGAUUUCAAGCUCCCUGUUUUUGUACCAUGUUUAUGAAAAUAGGUUGUCACACCCACGGUAUUUUUUGGAUGGACAGUUUUGACACCCUGGCUAAAAGUCUGUUCACCCUUGUGUGGUUUCAAUUUACAGAUGCUUUUGUCUCGGAAAAGAAAAAUAAAUCCAUCUUCCGUCCGUCUGUCUAUCUGCUUUAUUUUGCAUUAAUUAAUUUCUUUAUUUGUCUGCAUGUUUCUUUGUUUAGAUCAGUGUGCUGCGACAUCGGACUCCGAAUUCAAAUAUUUUAACGACGUUCUUUUGCUGACAGUGGACAACACCGAGUUUAAUGAAGCGCAAAAAAUAUUAAACAAUGACGAAAUACCAAGCAAGAAAGACGAAAGUGACAAAAACUGUUGCUUUGGAAAAAUAGGUAGAAAUAAAGUGACGCUCUUGAAAGUUCCAUACUUCGGCAAGACCGCCGCUUCGUCAAGUCAUGACCUUCUGGUUUAUGAAACAAUCCAAGAACUUAAACCGAAAGCUAUUGUUAGUCUGGGAGUUUGCGAUGGUGUAAGGAAAGAAGCACAUUUCCUUGGUGAUGUCGUCGUGUCAUCACAAGUUUACUUUCUUGAGCAGCAGGAUGACGAUUUGUCGAAUUUUGAUGGCACAACGUAUGACUGCAAUUUGGGAUUGGUACAUUUGUUCCACCGUGGGAAAUUUGCGUGGGUUGGUCCUUGUGAAAAUGUGGUAGUUCCAAAAGUCUAUGUUGGUCAGUUUACGACUGGUUUACAAGAUGAUGACGACGAAAAUAGGGAUUCGCACAAAGCAGGAACCAUUGGAAUAGACACGGCGUCAAAAAGUAGGUGUUCUAAUGCGAGCGAUCGCAAUAAUUUCCUCGUAAAACAGGAAAAAUAAGCAAAAAGUGUUUGCUAAAUUUAAUCUUGUCAGUUAGAAGCGUCAUCCCGGGUGAAUUUUUGAAAUAUGAAGAGAAAAUGGUUGUGGAGUAAGAAUAUUUAAAUAGACAGGCUCUAAAGAAAAGACGCGAUCAAUUUCAUAAAAAUAUCAUUUUAGUCAAUUUACUCGCUUCUCAUUGGUUAAAACUGUAGUGAUUAAGGAUUAAUCGGGACGCGGUACGAUCCCGCAUCCAUUCCGCUCGGUCACGUGCGUGCAGAAAUGUUAAACACGAAUUAUAAACAUUUCGCCAAACACGCUUUAUUUACACCGUUCAAAAGCAUAUUAUAUAUACAAAUAUUCAAGAUGGCUGCCAUUCCAAUAACCAGCUGUGAGUUUGCGAAGCCAGUCCUCAGACAGGGAUUGACACUGCAAGUUUCUGAUGACCGACUAGAGGCUCUGACCAGAGGCUCGAGGAGAGCUAAAGCUCGUCAGAAAGUCCUCCAUUUCCGAUGUUUCCCUCAAAAGUCAAGGAUGACCUCAGUUUUAUCGUUUUAAGGUGUACAUGCAACGUGUCGGAACUCUGGAGUACCGUGGCUGUCCUGUAAAUCUAUUGCAAGAUGGGCAAAUGAUAAAUGUCAAGAUUCGACAUGGUGCCAAUUUGGUGCGGCAGUUUCAGCUUCUUAUGUUCAACAUGUGCUGAAACGAUUUUAUAUUCCAGACGAAGUUCAAGGUAUGUACACGGUUACCAAAUAUAUAUAGAAUAAUAAACGCAAAAACACCUAAAUUAAAAAUUUCCUUGUUAGUCUGGUAUUAACAGUAUUUGGGCUAACUUAAUGUUCCUGUUUAAAUUUCCUGUUUAAUUUAACCACAGUCCUCCAUCGUUAAUUUGAUCAUUUUCAUGGCUUAAAAACCAGGAUUCCUGGUCCAUUUAAUUUAACCAGCCUACAUAGUUGUAUUAACCAGAUUAUUUUAGGCGAAUUAUUAAUCAGGAAUUGUUGGUUGAUAAUCCACGUACUAUAACCCGGUUAAUACAACCAUAUAGCCUGGUUAAAUCAACCAGGGACCCUGGUUAAAUUAGACACGACUAGGAUCAAGUUAACCAGGACUGUGGGUAAAUUAACCAGGAAAUGUAACCAGGAACAUUAACUUACCCUGAACAAUGUUAAUUUUGGAUUAAAAGUAUGAGCAACAAAAAAAUUAUUACUUCAUCUGAAAGAGCAUGAAAAAAUAAGCCGAUUGGCCGUUUAAUGCUCUAUUCUAUCUCAUCUCGUUCCGAAGUUAUACGCAAAAAUGUGCAAAAUAUAAAUUGAUGAUUCAGCACAACGUGUGACGUCAUUAGUUGGGUAAGUAUGUUUAUUGAAUAGUAAACUGAAGCAUAGCUCAGUUAUUAUUGGCUAAAAUCAAAUGAAAUUUUGCAUACAGAUAGUACAUGAUGAGACGCAAGGCGAAAAUACUUCUAAUUUUGUUGUCAAGGCAACAGCAGUCGUUCCCAGGCCCCUUACACUGAUUUUGAAUAACUAGUUGCAUUUAUCUAUGUGUAUGUCAUUUUCGAAUUAUUAUCAUGCCAGUAAACUUUUGGCAUGCAUAGAUAUGGUACACAUACUUCUGAUAUUAUUUUAUUCUUAUAAGUACCAUGAAUAAAGCUGUUUUAUAAAAUUGGCGCAAAGGGCCUGGGAACGACAUUGUUACCUUGGCAACAAAAUUAGAAGUGUUUUUCAAUGCGUCUCAUCAUGUACAAUCAGUAUGCAAAAUUUCAUUUGAUUUGAGCCAAUAAUAACUGAGCUAUGCUUCAGUUUACUAUUCAAUAAACAUACUUACCCAGCUAAUGACGUCACACGUUGUGCUGAAUCAGCAAUUUAUAUUUUGCACAUGUUUGCAACUUCGGAACUAGAUGAGAUAGACUAGAGCAUUAAACGGCCAAUCGGCUUAUUUUUUCAUGCUCUUUCAAAUGAAGGAAUAAAAAAUUUUGUUGCUCAUACCCUUUAACCAGGAGUUUUUAACCCGGGUAUUUUUAGAGUGUAUAUGGAUGUGUGGAAAUAUGAAAUUAAUUUCUAGAGUCGACCAGAAUAGCCUUGUCAAUACAAGAGAUAAAUUUCGUAUUUCCGAUCGUCCAUGUAUUGUUCUAUUUAGUAUAUAAAAAAUUGUCCAAUUACCUUGCAAAAAUAGCAUUAAUUUGAACUAUAAUGCUAAUUCAGCGAAAAUCAAUAAAGCACCGUCUUUGAUACAAUAUAAUAUUAUACCUCAACUUUAAAUUGUUCGAUCAAAAAACAGCGUUUAAAUUGUGCCAUAUGACGUUGUGAUUUUUUCCCAAUUUUAUGAUUACGUAAUGCAGCUUGAGAUAUCCGUCGGUCGAUAGAACUAACAGUUGAAUGUUUUUUUUUAGCUGGAAAUUUGGAGCGAAAGAUUUUAUACAUAUUAUAUUAUAAAGAUUAUAUAAUAAAUACAAUUUUAUAUUUAACCAGGAAUAGCUGCGAAAAAUGCAACUAUAGACCCUCUAUAGUUGCAUGCGCUCUAACCAACUGUGUUACAGAGUUCAGUUGUUGAGCGCAAACCAUAAGUUCGUGUAUAUACUGUAUUAGGGGUGCACCGGAACUCGGUUCCGGCCGGUUAGUUCCGGCGGUUAGUUCCGGCGCACCCCUAUACUGUAUACAGUAAAGUGGGUGAUUUAUCUCCUGGACGAAUGACCCCUCCACCCCACCCCCAAUUGGUGUACAAGCACUUUUUUGUAACGACCAAAAAGAAGCUACCCGUAGUGCUUCACUGCUUUUUACUCUUUUGCCUUUAGUCCAGCAGGUAACGGCUACAGUUUAACCGUAUUUUCUAUAUUUGACCACAGUGUUUGACAAGUCCGUACCCAAGCCCUGCCUUCCUCCCAUGGUGCCUCAUUUCAUUGGUCGACAACAAGAAUGUGAAGAAAUCUUGCGUGCGUUGACGUCCACAUCUGCUCGGCUAGUCACUGUAUCUGGACCCCCCUGGUUUUGGCAAAACUUCAUUGGCAAUUGCAGUAGGACACCAACUUAG